GAUUGCAAAACCUUACUCCACCAUCAUGGCACCUGGGAAACCAUGUCUUCAUCAGCCAGAGAUAUUGUUGUCGCGGUUGAUUUCGGGACCACCUUUUCCGGGGUUGCUUGGGCACAAGUGGGCAACCCAGAUAGAAUUCAUCAUAUCAAACAAUGGCCAUACAGCAACACUAAUUCGAUAGAUGGGGCAACAAGUGAAAAGGUACCUUCAGAACUCGCGUACACUUAUGACAAUAAUGUCACUGCUCCAAUCUGUGGGUUCCAAAUUCCAGAGAAUAUGCCACGUCUGCAAUUCAUGAAGCUUACCUUGGACAAGGAUGGAAAACAUCACCUCGAUUCUACUCUUUCAGCCAACCAUCGAGAUAGGCGUCGUAUGGAUUACCCACAUCACGCGACCCCUGAGAGUGCCUUGGUGGAUUACCUGAGUGCUCUUAAAAGGCACAUCGACAAAGUCCUCAAAAUCCAGAUUGGAGAUGGUUUUACAGACAUGACCUUUGCAUACGUGAUCACUGUGCCUGCAAUCUGGUCUGAAAAAGCCAAAUUUCAAACACUUGAAUGUGCAGAAAAAGCUGGCUUUGGUAAAGCAUCGGAAAUUCAAAUAAUAUCCGAGCCCGAAGCUGCUGCUGUCCACGCUAUGACGGUAAGUAACCCACACUCCCUGAAGGUCAAUGACACUAUCGUCAUUUGUGAUGCAGGAGGUGGGACCGUAGACUGUAUUACGUUCACAAUCGUUGAGCUCCAGCCCCGACUUCGCCUCUGGGAGUCUGCAAGAGGUAGUGGAAGACUGUGUGGUGGCGCUUACCUCAAUUAUCUAUUCGAAGAAUUUGUCCUCGGGCGAAUAGGUGAUUGCGAAGGCUGGGGGGAUGAUACCCUGGAGCCCGCGAUGUUGUUAUUCGAAAUGGUGGUCAAGAGAAAGUUCAAUGGCAACCCGAAGGAAACAUUUGCAUUUUCAGUGCCAGGCAUUCCAGACAACGAGGAUCUGAGUGUUCGUCGAGGCCGCCUUCAUGUCACAGGUCAAGAAAUAGUGGACUUGUCGACCCCCGUUCUACGAGAGACUCGCGAACUUGUGGAGCAUCAAAUAAGAGUCUCCAAAAAUCGCGUCAAAUCUAUCUUCCUAGUCGCGCCUUCUGUCUCCAUUGAGUCUCGAAUGGCUCGAAAGAACUAUGGGUUAAUCAUGUCUUUUCGCUAUGACCCUUUCAUCCACAAAGUCAAGAAAGGGUACUGGUGCGACUUCUGGGGCCAUUACCGCAUUAACGUAAUGAGCUGGUUCAUCAACAAGGGUGACGAUAUCAAAGACUCUGAGCCGACUAUUACCGACUGGCGGCGUCAUGCCCUUAGAAGUCACGGAGAGGCUGACUCAAUCCGUCUUCAGCUCUACGAGCUGGAUACCGCUGAAGGCGAGGAGGCACCAUUGUAUUUUAAUCGCAAUAUCAAAACACACGCCAUUCUCCACCCGGCACUUGACCGAAUCGAUAAAGCGAGUAUCCCAACUGUACGCGGUCACGAUAGAGAAAGAUACUACGAGGUUAAUUUCCAGAUAGAGGCAACUUAUUACUCGGCCCAUUGCGAAUAUUCACUUUGGUUCAGGGGCAAGAACCAUGGCAGUGUGAGGGUUGACUAUGUCUAA